AUGGUGCUGCGCCGGCGACAGCCGCCCGUGCUCAGCCAUGAGUUCCUGCUGCAGAACCACGCGGCCCUGGCGGCGUGCGUGGGCAUGUUCUUCGUGCUCGGGCUGCUGUUGGAGCGCACGGCCGAGGCGUCCUUCGUGUUCCUGACGCUGCAGCACGGCGUCCCCGCCGCCGCUCCCGCCUCCGGGGCGCCCCCGCCCCGCGCGCGCUACCGCUACGGCGCGCGCGACCUGGCCACCGUGUGCUUCUCCGCCCUGGUGGCCGUCCUCGUGCGCGCCCCGCUGCGGGAGUACGUGCGGCCGCGCGCGCGCCAGGGCCGCUUCCACGAGGCGGGUCAGCUGGGCGCCUUCGAGCUGGUGUGCGUGUGGGGCGCGGCCGUGCUGCGCGCCGAGGGCUGCCUGGCCGAGCCCGCCCGCCUGUGGCGCGCGCCGCCCGCCACCAUGACCUUGGGCACCAAGCUCUUCUACGUGGCGCAGCGGGCCUACUGGUGCCAUGCGCUGCCCGAGCUCUACUUCCAGCGCACGCGGCCGCGGGACCUCGCCCGGCUGGUGCACAUCGGCGUGCACCUGUUCCACGUCACGGGCGCCUACCUGCUCCACCUGCACCACCUGGGGCUGCUGCUGCUCACCCUGCACUGUGGCGCGGAGCUGCUGGCGCACGCGCGCGACCUCGUGCACCUGCGCGGCCGGCCCCCGCGCGGCGGGUCGCCCUGGGCGGCGGCCUUCACCCUGGGCCGCCUGGGAACCCUCGUGUUGUCCGUGCUCACUGUGGGUCUCCACCUGGCGGGGGGCCAGGCGCGCACCCAGGACGCGGCCACGGGCAACGUGAACGUGCUGGCGGCCAAGAUCGCCCUCCUGCUGUCCAGCUGCACCAUCCAGGCCUCUGUCACCUGGGACCUGCUCUGCGCGCAGCUGCAGCUCUGGUUGGAGGGCGACGCCUCCCUGCAGGUGCCCGCAGCCAAGAGGAGGCGGCCCAAGGGCAGGGCGUCCAGAAAAGGAGCAGAAAACGGCGGCGUCGCGCCUAGCAGACUGGACACCCCCCAUCAGAGGAAGGACAGGUCUCCCUAA